UGAGAUUACAUUCACAAAGGAAACUGGUAACGCAAAGAAAAUAGCCUAUCAAUUGCGCAUUCGUGUCGCCUUUCUCAAUCCAUACAUGCUGACUGAAAUUUGUGGCGUUUUCAAUUUGUUUGCCUAUCUCAAUCUUACAAUCAGGAUGGAGUAAGAAAUGAACAUUUGUCGGUGGAGCUGGUCCAUUUCCGCAGAUGCUGCUGACGUUUGCGAUGAUAUAGCGUCACAUCUUGAACACUCGUUUUCAAUUCCAAAUGUUGAAAAUAUGAACGAGAUCAAGUAGAAGCUGGCAUUUGGAGAGCCUGGAAACAUCAGUGGCGCGCGCUGAACAUGCCCAUUCAGCUGUUUUCACGAGGUCUCAAAAUGAGUGUUUUCUAGAGUUAAUUACCAACUUUUGGCAUCACCAAUGAAUGAUUGGAGACGUGUUUUCUGGAAGAUACUAUAGUGGGAUAAGGGCAAUGACCGCAAAACUAUGGAGUUGGAAACGUUUACACAUUGUGCGCUAGACUAAGAACGCAGUAACGCACGACUUCACCUGUGCGCCCCAAAUGAAAGUUGUGAGUCGGUAGGCGGCGCACGUUCAUACCAUAUGCUUUUCACUUCCUCGUUUAAUUUGAACAGAAAACAAGUACAGGAAGGAGACGGGGUCGAUCUGCUGAAUCACACAAAUCUUUCACACUAAAACUUUGCGACUGAGGACGCAGUCUGUGGUUCAGGCUACCUUUGGGUGACAGAUCCAGCUUUUUAAAGUUUAUUGUACAUAGGAGUUAAUGUCUACAAUUAUGUAAGUUCCGUCGUAACACACUAAAGAAGAAUUUAUUACAACUUUUUUUUUAGCGUUUUAGGAAUUGCAUAACAUUUUUCUGAUCCUCACGGUGGAGUCAAGACAUCGACCAUUCCCUGUGGGUGAUUUACAUGACUAUAGGAUAUUGCAGUCACUCAAUGCGAUCACCUUCGAUUCACCUGGCAGUAUCGAUUGUAAAUUAUGAUGAAGCUCAGUCGGCAAUUCACUGUUUUUGGCAGUGCUAUAUUUUGUGUAGUGGUCUUCUCAUUGUACCUGAUGCUGGAUCACCUGCAAUUAGACCAUACCAAAAGUCCAAACAACGGUGGGGAUAGAUUGCAAAAUGGCCAGUUGUCAAUCCUGCAGGGUAAGAUUGACCGCUUGGAAAGACUACUGGCAGAGAACAAUGAGAUCAUAACCAACAUCAGGGACUCUGUGAUCAACCUGAAGGAGUCGGUCAAGGAUGGGGGUCCUGAUGGAGGGAACAUGAGCCAAGGGCCCUACACAGAACUGCUGGCUUCGCCUCCUCUGGUCCUCCCUAUUGACUCCCAAGACUGUCAGUUUGCAGCAAGGGAGUUCUCCAAGCCAGCAGAUGGGGUGCAGUUGAUGGAUGUUAAUGAUCUUCUGACCUUUGACAAUCCUGAUGGGGGAGUGUGGAAACAAGGAUUUGAUAUCACCUACCGGGAGAAUGAAUGGGACAGCGAGCCACUACAAGUCUUUGUUGUGCCCCACUCACACAAUGAUCCUGGAUGGCUGAAGACGUUUGAUGACUACUACCGGGACCAGACCCAGCACAUCCUGAACAACAUGGUGGUGAAACUCCACGAGGACAGCCGCAGGAAAAUGAUCUGGUCUGAGAUCUCCUACUUCUCCAAGUGGUGGGACAACAUCGACGACCAGAAGAGAGACGCUGUCAAGAGUCUGGUUGAGCGAGGCCAGUUGGAGAUUACAACGGGAGGCUGGGUGAUGCCUGAUGAAGCCAACUCACACUACUUUGCAUUAAUUGACCAGCUAUUGGAGGGACACCAGUGGUUGGAGAGAAAUUUGGGAGUGAAACCCCAGACGGGCUGGGCUGUGGACCCGUUUGGCCACUCCCCUACCCAGGCGUACCUACUGAAACAGGCUGGCCUGGCCAACAUGCUCAUCCAGAGGGUGCACUACUCCGUCAAGAAACAUUUUGCCAGUCAGAAGACCCUGGAGUUCUUCUGGAGACAAAACUGGGACCCAGCCUCCAGCACGGACAUUCUAUGUCACAUGAUGCCCUUCUACAGUUACGAUGUUCCCCACACUUGUGGUCCCGACCCCAAGAUCUGCUGCCAGUUUGACUUCAAGAGACUUCCUGGUGGGCGGGUCAGCUGUCCCUGGAGGGUCCCCCCUCAGCCAAUCACGGAUGGAAACGUACAACAGAGGGUUCAGAUGCUGCUGGACCAGUACAGGAAGAAGUCAAAGCUAUUCCGAACCAAGGUGGUGAUGGCCCCCCUAGGGGACGACUUCCGCUACACAGAGGCCUUGGAGUGGGACCAGCAGUUUCAAAACUACCAAAAGCUCUUUGACUACAUGAACUCUCAUCCAGAACUACACGUCAAGGCUCAGUUCGGCACAAUCUCGGAUUACUUCAAUGCUCUUCGUAAAUCGGCCAUAGACCCCGGUCAUGCUGGUCCCUCUUUACCUGUGGUCAGCGGAGACUUCUUCACCUACGCAGACCGAGAUGACCACUACUGGAGCGGCUACUUCACCUCCCGACCCUUCUACAAACGUAUGGACCGCGUGCUGGAGUCACACCUCAGGGCUGCUGAGAUCCUCUACUCCCUCACCCUGGCCAAUAUUAGGAGGUAUGGGAAGCGGAAUGAUUUCCCAGCUGUGGAGAAUUACAGACUGCUCACUGAAGCCAGGAGGAACCUGGGCUUGUUCCAGCACCAUGAUGCUAUCACAGGCACCGGCAAGGACUUGGUAGUGAUCGACUACGGUACCAGGUUGUUUCAUUCCAUUUUGAAUUUGAAACAAGUGAUCGUCAACUCCGCUCACUGGCUGGUGCUGAAGGACAAAAGUGCAUACAGUCACAAUCCCUCAAAGGCCUUCCUUCAAAUGGAUGAUAUCCAGCCUGCUCAAGAUGCCCUGCCUCGAAAAACAGUUCUGAAAAUCAGCUCACAGCCUAGGUCUGUGGUCAUCUACAACCCCACGGAGCAGGACCGCACGUCAGUGGUGACCAUGUAUGUGAACACGCCCCAUGUGCGUGUGGUCACAGACCACGGUCAUCCCGUCCCCGCUCAAGUCAGCGCGGUGUGGGACAACCCCACCACAGCCUCCACAGAGGUCUUCCAGUUGUCGUUCAUAGCACAGGUGCCAGCGCUGGGUCUUGGGGUGUACCAGUUAGGUAAGGCUGCGAGCGGCAGGGCGGAGACUGCAGAAUACGUCUUCUUCAGGCAGAGCGGCGAGCUGUCCGUCAACGUGAAGCACUUCACAGUCAACAUCCCCCAGGACGCCUCCACCCCCCUCAGCGUCCACAACCCCCACCUCCAGGUCUGGAGCUCCCCCACCACCGGCCUGAUGGAGAGAUUGAAGCUGAAAGAGGACGGCUCAGAACACCAGAUCAAGGUGGAGUUUGCAUGGUACGGCACAACCAGCAACCGAGAUAAAAGCGGAGCCUACUUGUUCCUGCCCGACGGGGAAGCCAAGAUGUACUCUCCCGCUCGGCCUCCAGUGAUACGGGUAACCAAGGGAUCUGUGUUCUCUGAGAUCACUACUACCUUCGAUCAUGUGACGCACACUCUACGCCUCUAUAAUGUUCAAGGUGUGGAGGGCCAGGCGGUGGAGAUCUGUAACUCGGUAGAUAUAAGGGGGGAGUUCAACCGUGAAAUUACAAUGAGGUUAACAUCAGAUGUGGACAGCAAGGAUCGAUUCUUCACAGACCUCAACGGAUUCCAGAUCCAGCCUAGAAGAACCAUGGCCAAGCUUCCCCUCCAGGCAAACUUCUACCCCAUGACCAGUAUGGCCUACCUUCAGGACUCCGGCACCAGACUGACCCUGCUCACCGCACAGUCCCUGGGCUCCGCCAGCCUCAAGAGUGGCCAAUUGGAGGUGAUCAUGGACCGUCGGCUGAACCAGGAUGAUAACCGCGGGCUGGGCCAGGGUGUCCUGGACAACAAAGUUACCGCCAGCUCCUUCCGCCUGCUGCUGGAGAAGAGGGCCAAGACCGAUGGGGGGGAGAAACCCUCGCCCCUCAGCUACCCGUCUCUGCUGAGUCACGUGUCGUCGCUGUACCUGAACCACCCUCUGAUCUCCAUGGCUGUGAGCACGGAGGCAGAGUCCCUGUCUCUAUCCCCCUUAAACCCGCUGGCCUCAUCACUGCCCUGUGAUGUCCACAUGGUCAACCUACGCACCAUCCAGUCCAAGGAGGAAGGGGGUGGCCCGUCGAACGAGGCGGCUUUGAUUCUGCACAGAAAAGGCUUUGACUGUGCCUUCUCGAAUAGGAACACAGGGCUACUGUGUGCCACCACGCAGGGGAAGAUCCGCAUGGACAAGCUGUUUUCUGAACUGAAAUUCCAGAGCAUCACCCCUGCGUCUCUGACUCUGAUGCACACGCCUGAGGAAGGGUCGAGCCAAGAGGAAAUCGGCCUUAAACCAAUGGAGAUCAGCACAUACCGUGUGCAGCUGACAUGAGCGCUGGCCAGAGAGCCUAGUCGGUGACUGCCACGGCACAUGCCCAAUAUCCGGCAUCUGUUCCUGUGCCGAAAAACAUUGUCAGCGAGGCUAUGCCGAAGCCUGAAUACAUAGGACAUCCUUAGAACAGACAGAAGGAGGGGAAGAGGAAGGGAGAGAGGGAAGAGGAUUAGGAAGAAGAGAGGGAGGACGAGAAGGAAGGAGAGAGGUGGAGAAGGAAAGAGAGAGGCAGGAGGAGAAGGAAAUGGAACUUGUUUAAGCUUAAUUCUAAAAGUGCAAUAUUAUAUUGUUUGAGUCCAGUAUCCCUAGUUAUCCUGCAGUCUCAGGUUCUGUAUGUGUUGGGAACGUUCGUGUUGCAAUUUCACUUGAACUCACUCUAUUGGGAAGACCACACAUUCAAAUUUCCUUUUCCACAAAUAUGAUUUUGUACAAUGUGAUUCUUUGUUUUGACCAAGGUAUGGCUUCAAUCAUAGUGAAUAUUACUUCAUGUCCUUGGCGUGCCUGAAAAAAUAUGAAUUUUAUAUUUUACACCGGUCAACAUUUCUAUGUGAUAUAUCGUUAAUUGCAAGUUAUUUCUGUUGUUCCAAAGAGCAAAGAUGUGCCUUAUUUCUCUAUUUUAUAAUGAGCCCUAUGUACCUAUCUUUAUAUGUUGUUCUUGGGAGAAAAUUGUCACUUACAAUUUGCUAUCGAUGCAAAAUGAAUGCAGUUAAUAGUUGCUGUCACAAGAUUGACAUGUGGCAUUACAUUAAUUGAUAUGGGUCUGUUAUUGUGACCUUCAUAUAUGUAUUGUUAUGAGUGAUCCCUUUUUUUAUGAUAACCUCAGUGCACUCGAUCUACUGCUUUAACAGAGGUGUGUAAUGUCCUCACGUAAGCCACUACUGUUGUUUUGUGAAGCUCCUCUUGGUAAAGCACACCAGUCAGAUGUUUUGUUCAAGACAUUUGCAAGGGUGUAUCAAUCAUAAAGCCAUUCAGUCAAUUGCAGGUAAAGGAAAACUUCACUGCGAGUUGACUUAGAAUGUUCACACUGCAUUGAGGUGUUGGUGUGAAAACAGACACACCCCACAAGCUGCUCCUCUCUUGGAAAUUGUCAUAAUUGGAUAUUGAUGCAAAAACACACCUGUAGUGUCAACAUUCUGAGUGAACUUUCAAGGCCGGUUUUCCAUGGAAUAAGCCUAUUCCUGGAUUAGAAAGCACUUUCAAUGGAAAUUCUGCAUCAUAAAUGCUUUUUAGUCUAGGCUUAAUCUGUGUCCGGGAAACCGCCCCCUCAGUGUGGUUGAUUAUUAUCUGCGAUUGAUUGAAUUGGGGCCUACAGCCUAGAUAUCAAACUACGCAACUGAUCCAACUCACCAUUGAUACAGUAUAUGCAGCAAUCCCCCCUUUCUGCUAAUAAUAUCCAUCUGAAUGAUUCAAAUAUUCUAAAUCUACAAUAGUUGGUCAUUAAAUUAUUGUGACACAUUUUGUUACUAUGGCCAAAAGCGUACAACUACUUGCUUAAGCAUAUGACACAUGCCAAAGGUCACAAACCCUGUCAUGUUUGCGCAUACUAUUUUUGUUUUGUUCUUUUCUUUCUUGUGAUCUUGGGUACCAAAUGCAAUGUCUUAAACUGGUACCCUGACUGAGCCAUUUUCAAAUCCACUUCAACAUGUUGCUAUGGGUUUCUAUUUUACGUUUUGACCACCUUUGUAAAGUUCCAAGGAAACGCAAACCUUCUGGUAACAAUGUUUACAAUGUUACCUUACAUUUCCUGGGGUGUUUUGAGGUGAGCGUAUCUUCAGUGUGAUACGGCAGCAUGCCUAGCUAAUAGGGUGGUCAAAGAAUUGCACCUUCACUGUUAAGUGUAAGGAAUAAGAAGGAUUCCUGUGACAUUGGUUGCUAACAAAAGUUAACGUCUGUUUGUGUCAAUGUAAAUGAAUGUGGAAACCAUUGUUCCGUAAUGUUUGAAUGUCGAUGGGAAUGUCAAAGCUAGUUUAAUAGUUCUAUCACAUCUGAUUAAAUGAUCAAUUAUUUUAAGUAUCUCCUUUAUGAGAGACGAAAGUCAACUUCAAGACAGAAGCUGGUCUGGGAUGAUUUGAAAUCAAAAGCAUAUUUGAGAAACAAUAUACUUUACUUGGUAUAGAAUUUCAAUUGUAUUGUCUAUCUUAAAAAAUCAGCAUCAGGGGUGGGUGUUAUGUGCAAAUCUCUUUCUACCAAUGUUACUUGUUGAGAGUCACAUUUUGUCUAAUUUUCUAUCUUUCUGUAAAUAUAAUGUGAGAUUAAAAAAGGAUGAAACCCAAGUUACGUUUGCCAAUUAAAUGAAAUAAAGUGCAUAAAACUA